GAUGUAUCGGAUGCGACAUCAACAACCCCAUCGGACUUGGCAGGGCAGCCAGAAAUUCGAGCGUUUUGCGUUUAAAACUGGCCACGAAAAAACAUUAACUAGUUGGUGUGAUUAGUGACUAGUGUUUGCGUUGUAGUAACUUAAACAAUUUCAUUCAAUUAAACGCAGCUUUUCUGCAUAGUGAGUGUGAGAGAGAAACGGGCGCUGCGCCCGAUACGGGAAAACGCGUGCGCCAGAAAGGGACCGGCAUAGUUGGCUAGAAAAGAAUCAUUUUGUAGCUGCUUUGUUUGUGUGUUUGGCAUUCACAUUUCCCCCAUUCAAUAUUUAAUUUAGUGAGCCAUUAACGAGGCGGAAAUCGGCAUUAUGCAAAAGAUAGUGCUCUAGUACAGAUCUAAAUCCGUACCAUAAAUAGGUAAAAUACCCGCAAUUAGUUACUUAAAUAGGAACAAAAGUCAUUUUUCUACUUCUCCGAUGUGCUAGUGUGCAUUUGUGUGUGUUUGUGUGUAUGUGUAUGCGUGCGUGAGAAAAAAAUAUAACCAACUUUGCAGGUCGUUCGUAUUUGUUGUUGUUACUGCUGUUACAUUGUUGAUUUGUUUAAAAUUACUGCUGGCAAUGUGUGCGGAAGAAACUUGCUUGACAUGGGUGCAUGGAUCAAAAGUUCGCUGUAAAUAGAUUAGGCAGAGCGAUUAACAAUGAAAACCAUUACGCCGGAUACGACGACGACGACGUCGUCGCAGCACCAACAACUUCUCAUUCCACAAGCGGAUCAGCAUCACCAGCCGAUGCUGCAGCAGCAAUCCCUGUUGGCCGCUCCACCGCCUACGAUGAUAAUGGAGCAUGUGAAUCUGGUGGACGACGACGAGAAGGAUCCUCUUGCGCUGGAGCAACUGGAAGUGUCACCGUCUACCAAGCACACACACAGUCUCAGACGCCACCUGCCACGCAUUAUCGUGAAACCAAUACCACCUGAGAAGAAACCGAUGGCGCCCAGCGAAGAGGCUGCCGUCAGUACUGCUCCUGCCCCGCCCACGCGUUUAAUAUGCAGCCGACGCAUUCAGCAACAGCAACAGGUCAAAGCGGCAGCAGCAGCGGCGGCGGCAGCAGCGGCGGCAGCAGCAGCAGCAGCGGCCGCAGCACAAGCCCAAGCCACCUCCAGCUAUCCAUCCGCCAUCUCACCCGGCAGCAAGGCGGGCACCUCUCAAGCUUCGACCAUGCGGGAGGUCCUGGCCUCCAUACCCGGUUUUAGUGUUAAGCCCCGUCGGAGGAGCAAUAAGAAGCUGACGACAGCAGCGCAGAUUGAGCAAACAAAAGACGGAAAGAUCGACCUGGAGACCCCCGACUCCAUACUGGCCUCCACCAACUUAAGAGCGCUGUUGAACAAGCAAACGUUCUCGCUUUUGCCACCGCUCUAUCAAUACAAUCUCAUACAACUGCUGCCCAGCGUGGAUCGCGAGGCCAGCGAACUAGAGCAACCUAGCAGUAGCGCAAGUGGAGGCAGUCCAUCGGAGGCUAUAAGGCUAAGUGCCUCCUGUCUAAACAACGAGUUUUUUGCCCGAGCCUGCUUGGAGUGGCGGGAACGACUAAGCGAAGGCGAGUUUACACCCGAAAACCAGCUGAAACUUAAAACGGAAGCAGAGCGCGAAAAGAACAAGUUGGAUCCCUGGAAGCUGAAACACUUUGAGCCCUUCUGGGGCGAGAAGAAUUCUAGGGGGAAGGAUAAGGAUAAGUUAGAAAGCGAUUGCAAGAAUCAGAAGCUUUCGGCAAGCAUUAAGAGUGAGCCCAAACCACCAGCGACAUCGCAACAAAAACCACUGCAACAAGCAACAUGUGAUAAUGAGACUGAAUUAAAAUUUGAUUUGAGCACAAAGUGCGAAACGACAUCAGCUAAAACUACAGUAGCAGUGGCAGUAGCAGAUAAAUCAAGCACGUUUCCACCCACUGGCAGCCAGAAUAAUGUGCUUAACGAACAGCAACGCCGUGUCCUCAAACGUCCAUCGAGCAGUCCUUCGCAGCGCAAGCAGGCACCCACAACGAUAGCGACCAUUAAUUUGGACGAUGAUCUCGACGAGCUGCCCAGCACAUCAAAGGACAGCAAGCAGCCGAAGAUGGACGAAAUUGUUCCUAAUGCGUCAGGGAAUGUUGUCGCAGCUCCAAUGGUUGAUGUUGUGGAUCACUCUGCAGUCGAAAUGAAAAUCAAGGACGAGCAACAGCAUCAGCGACAACAUCAGCCACUUAUCAACAGUACCUGUGAUAAAAUUGAGCCAUCUGAAUGCAGUAAGGAGAUGAUCGUUGCCAUGAAACAAGUGGAUUCUAAGGAAGAUGUGGACUCCAUUGCAUCGGCGGCUGCCAUGCCAGCAAUUGCUGCCGUUACCCCACAUACACCAAAGCCGGAAGCGUUAGCACCAAAUCCGGAUGUGGCUAACCAAUUUGUAAGCUACUUACAAAACGUCGAACUAGCAGCUGAAACCAAAGCGCCUUUGGACAAUUCAAACGAGGCAGAUAUAACGACAGGAACAAAUAGCCAUGAUUUCGUUUUCUCAGAUACUAUCGAUCACGCGGCGACAACUGCAGCUAAUAAACUGGAAGAGCAUAGUGAUAAGCCGGAGGACUCACCGCUCCCCAUUGCAAGCUCAAUUUCUGGGUCGACGCCGGCCAGUUCGAUUACAUCGACCAGCUGCACAUCGUCCUCAUCUUCCUCCGCCUCAAUGUCAUCUUCGUGCUCCAGUAGCAAUUCCGGCUCGACGACGACCGCGCCCACAACUUCAUCGUCGGCCGGAGCACCAACGGCUCCACUGACGCUGGCAGCAGCAGCUGAAACUACGUUGGCAAAUGUCCAAGCCAUGCUUUCAACUGUGGCCAAGUUACAGCAGCAGCAACAGGAGUUACCCGUGGAGUUGAACUCCAAUGAAAUGUACCAGCAUGUGCAGCACGAUUGGAACUUUGGCGACAUUAAGUUAAGCAGUUCGCAGUCAAGCGGAGAUCAGCAGCGUAAUCUAAGCCAUGAAGCAAUCGAUCUGAUGGAUGUAGUGCAAGAUGCCGACGUCAUCGACGACAUUAUGCACAAUGAUGUGUGCCACGAUGUUCUCGGUGACGAAGAUGAGGGUGAUCAAGAGGAGGAUGAAGACGAUGAAGUGGUAGAAUGUAUGACGGAGGAACAGCAGUUAAUUGAUGAAGACAGCGAAGCUGUCCGUGAAAUAGUGGACAAACUGCAGCAGCAUCAGCAGCAACAAAAUCAGCAGCAGCAUCAUCAACAGUUGCAUAUCCAGGAUGUCGUCCAAUUGGCUCAGCAUUCGUUUAUGCCGCAGGCCCAUAGUGAAUUUGGAAAUGAUAUCGGCCAGGAAAUGCUCUGUGAUGCUGUACCAAUGUCUGCUGCCGAAAUGGAAGUGUCCAGCACGGUGAUAACCAAUAGUAGCAAUAGCAACGACAGCAGCAACAACAUAAGCCUAUGCAGCAGCACCAACAGUCUUACCAUUAAUCAAAUGCCGCACCAAGCAUCGCAACAGCCGCAACAGAACGCUCAGUCCAAUGCACAGCAGCAAAGACAGAUAUUGGUGGAUUCCAAUGGUCAGAUAAUUGGCAACUUUUUGCUUCAGCAGCAACGCCAACAACAGCAACAGCAACUACUACAACAGUUCACGCUGCAGGCGGCGGCAGCACAGCAGCAGCAGCAACAACAACAACAGCACCAGCAACAGCAGCAGCAGCAACAGCAAGCAACAAGUAGCAAUUCCUUGGGCAAGACAUUACCAGUGGCUCUCCGCAACGGAACCCAACAGUUCUUGUCUCCUAACCUGAUCGCACAGCAACAUCAGCAGCAGCAGCAGCAACAACUGGAGCAACAUCAACAGCAGGCUACGGCACAACAAAAGCAUCAGCAGAUUCAGCAGUUUGCCUUGCAGCAGGCGCAACUACACCAGCGACAACUUCUCGCCCAGGCCGCCAACAACAAUCUGCUACAACAGCAGCAACAACAGCAGCAAAAUGUUGCACUACCAACAACACAGGCUAAAUUCAUAGCAAAGCCACUAAAUAUCAUCUCAAUGACGCGUCCUGCCAAUGCAUCACCUACCACAGCAGCAACGACGGCAAAUACCGCAUCUAUUCCGUCCGCCUAUGCCAAUGUUGUUGCUGUGACGGGCGCGCAACAGCAGCAAUCUCCGCCAGUACCUGCCCCUCAGCAGCAGACAGUCCAACAACAACAGUUGGCAAAUCACAACAGUAAUAUGCAGCAGUUACCCAACGUGCUGACUAUGAAAACUCUGCCACCAUCGGGAGUGCCAACCACCAUUGCCCAGCAAAGAUUGCAGCCAAAAAUGCCAACGGGAAAAGGGCGCAAAGCAACCAGCAAUAGGUUACCACCGGGUGCAGUAAAUCUGGAGCGUAGCUAUCAAAUCUGCCAGGCUGUUAUCCAGAAUAGUCCAAACCGCGAGAAUCUCAAGGCUCAGUUGCGACCGCCUGCGGCGAUUCUCAACCAACAUCAGCCGACGACAACCACUGCGCCAGCACCUAUAAACCCUGUGACCUUGAAUGUAUCAACGGUGGCUGCCACACCCAUGUCCAACAUAACGACGGCCACGGGUAGCAUGGCAGCUGCAGUCGCAGCAGCACCCCCACAAAAUGUAUUAAAGCAAGAGGAGCUGUUGGUCAGUGGAGCAGUUGGUGCUGGAGCUCUGCCCGCUGGAUUGCCGCCGAAUGUCAUGGGUGUCGGACGUCCGGGAGUAUACAAGGUUAUUGGACCGCGUAUGAGUGGUUUCCCAAGAAAGAAAUAUGUCCAACGGAAGCCGUCACCCACAACGCUCAUCCGGCAUGUGUUUAGUCCCGGACCUGGAGGAGCUACAGCCACCGCUCAGCAAUUGCAAAUGCUUCAGCAGCAUCACCAGUCGACGACUUCGCCAGUGCCUGUACAAAAUCCUCAGCAGCCAGCACCGGAGCAGUUGAUACACCAAAAUGGCAAUGGACAAUAUGUUCUCGUUCAUCGGGCGAAUGUGGGUGCAGCUGACAAUCAAGCGCCUAGAGCCUCCAGUGCCCCGCCAAUGCAUCAAAACCAGUUCGUUACUGUUCAGAAUCCGCUGCACAGCAUAAACGGCAUUCCUAUGGGUGGACGCGGGCGUCCAGCAUCGGUGGACACAACGGCUGGCAGCGGCAACGUUAUAGCACCACCAAUUUCCGCCACAGAUGCGUUGCAUCAUCAUCACCACGAAAUGCAGCAGCAGCAGCAACAUCAGCAGCCGCAGCCGCUGGGCAAUGUAGGCGCAGCCGCGAAUAUUGUGCGGCGCAAUAUCGCUGCAGGUAAAUUGGUGUAUUAUUAGUGGUUAGCGAGGACCCAACAUCGCCUACAUUGACGGCAGCAAUACCAACUCAUCGGCCGUCGCGCUUAUGGAAGCUGGCAACAACUACAUAGUGACGACCAACGCGUCACCAACUGCAGCACCUUCGCCGAUCAACCAGCAGCCCCAAUCGCAACCAACUGGGACUCAGCAUCAGCAUCCAUUGCUGCAAUUGCAUCAAACCGGGGAGAACACUCCGCCGGGCAAUGAAGCUACGGCCACGGCGAACAACUGCGCCUGCUCACUCAAUGCGAUGGUGAUCUGCCAACAGUGCGGAGCCUUUUGCCACGACGACUGCAUCGGUGCGGCCAAGCUGUGUGUCGCCUGUGUGAUUAGAUGAGGUGGAUAACGUUUUGUAGUUACUUAGAGACCCGUACUUUUAGUCGAUCCCAGUAGAGAGGUACCAACCAAAUGUUUAAAUUGUGAACUAUAGCAAUCAAAGAGAAAUAGCAAAAACCAAGUGUACAACAAACAAAUUAAAACAAUGGACGUGCAGAGGCUUACGCACAGACACAGCAAUGGCAACAAUACAUAAAUGUAAUUAAAUUCAUUUGCAAUUCAUGUAAACUAAGAACACUGGCAAUUCGUAACACUUUUUGUAUAAAGAUAGGAUCGGUUAAGCCUAAAAUGCAAGCUAGUGUUGUCUAUUUUGUGCUUGUUGCAUAUCCCUUAAGAUACUCGUUAUUUUUUGUGAUUGUUUAAGGAUAUCACAAGCACGUAAAAAAAUAAUAGAACUUGAUAUGGAUAUCAUUUAAAAUACAGCAAAGCAAAUAUGAUCGAAGAAAAGGCAUAGGAAAACAAUGGAAAACUAAAGAACUAUUUCUAAUGUAAAUAUUUAUGUUUUAAAUGUAAUUUAUAUACAUUAUGAAGUACGUGCGAGGUUAGGUUAGCAUAUGGACUCACUCACGUCGGAUGACUAUAUUUUUAUAAUUUAAUCGCUGUAUAUGCGUGAUUUGAUUGGUUCGAUUUUGAUUACGCGAACUGGAUCAAUACUUAUUAUUAGUUAAGCAUACUUAAGUUUACCGUGUAAUUUAUGAAAUAUUCAUAAUGUAUUUUGAAAACGCUUUGGCCCAGCGCUUAGGCUAUAAUUUGUAAUUCUUUAAGUUUAGUAUUAUCCACCCAAACGAUCUAAGACUCUUCAUGCCCACAUUUCUUUAGCAUGUAGCGUAUAAACGUAACUGUAAUACACGUAAUUGAUUUCUAAACGAGACCCUAUAUGUUAAGCUAAUAACUGUUGAUAAAUACAAAAAUACAAUGAAAAUUAUAAAAGAGAUACAUCAUACGAACGAAAAACCAAACACGUUAUGAGGAAACUACACAAAUUAUUGCCAGUAAAUCAACAGCAACAGCAAGAAGCGAUGGCGAUCUAAACUAAAUUCAAAAACAAAACUUAAACGAAGAACAUUUUGCUCCUAAAUGCACUCACCGCAAAAUUAACCAAUACAUAAACAUUAUUACAAAUAAAUUUGAAAAUAAGAAAGU